AUGUAAGUAUUAAUUCAUGCUUUAUAAAACUAUCCUGAUCCUCUUAAAAGACCUAAUGAAAUUAAGGUUUAAAUUUCAGAAGCUUUGGAGUAAAUAAAGUUUUUUGCCGAAUUCUUAAGAAGCGAAAAGAUAAAAUAAAAUGCAAGACAUUUACUUUUAGAAUUUUCUAAUUAUUUAUCUCUUGAAAUUUUUAAAAGUGGAGAAAUAAUUUGUAGAGAAGGUGAUAAAGGAGAUAAGUAAUUCAAUUUUAAUAAAUUAGAUUUUAUAUAAUACUUCAAGGUAAUGUAGUUGUAUAUAGGAAAAAUAUUAAUUCGAAUUAUGAACAGAAUUCAACAAUGUCAGAAUAAAUCUUUAUGGAUUAAAAUGUAAAAAUAGGUCAACUCAAAGAGGGGGAAACCUUUGGUGAAUUAGCUCUCUCUUUAAAUAAACCUCGUUUUGCUACAAUUAAAGCAUAAUCUUUCUAAGUUAUUCUUUGUAGUCUUAGUAAGGACAAUUAUGCAAAAAUGACUAAUGUAAUUUAUGGAUUAUAUCUUAGUAUAUGUAAAGAGAAUUAAAUUUGAAGACAAAUGCUUUGGCCACUUUGUUUCCAAAAUUAUCUUAAAAUUCUUUAAUCCGUUUAGCUUAUCUGUUGUAAAUUUAAAUCUUUCCAAAAAACCAUUGUAUUUACAAAUAAGGAGAGACAGCUACUGGUUUCUAUAUACUUUCAGAUGGUGAAGUUAAACUUGAGUAGAUAUGCAAGAAUUCUACUUAAAUUUAUGUGCCAAUCAUGGUGUUAACUCCUGGUAGUCUUUUUGGAGUAUAAAAUGUUUUAAAAAAUUAACCUUAUGAUAAUUAAGCUAUCUGUAUAACUUAAAAGGUUACAGUCUAUAAAUUUACUUGUGAAUCUUUUGAGCAACUUGGAGAUGAUUAUAGUAAAAAAGCUUUGUAAUCAGCUGAAAGAACUUUUAGAAGAGAACCUAAAAUUCAAAGUUUAUAAUUAAUUUGCAAGCCAGAAAUAAGUAAUUAUAUUUUUUGAUGUAUUGAAAUUAGCAUAAGAGAACUAGAUGAAUAGAAUAAAUAAAAUCCUAAAAAAUAAAGAACAAUUAAAUCAAAUGGAAAACAAUAAGAGAAAUUUCGAAAACCUAAAACUGAUAUUGUUUAAAAUUAAAUAACUUUUAGAAAUCCAUUUUUUUCUGAUUUAGAUGCUGAAAAAUUCAAAUAGAUAAAAAAGAUAUCGAUUGAGCAAAUCAAAUAAGCUGAUCUUAAAAAGUAUUAAAUUACCAAUAACUUUAGGUAUAAUUAAUAAUUUGCAAUUAAGAACUACUUUGAACCUAUCGAAAUAGCUCCUAUGUUAGAUUCAAUAAAAAAACAGAAAAAUGCAAAAUGUUUGAGUUUUGCAUCAGUCAGAGAAAACACAGCAACUUAAACAUCCAUGUAUUCCUAUCCAGCAAGUGGAUUUAAUACUUAAAGAGUGUUUACAUUACCUUCCCCUAGUCAUACUAGACACACAUCUCAUUCAAAGAAAAGUAGAUUAUGA